UUGAUUUGAUCGCAUCAAUUUAUGUGAAUAAAAUAAACGUUUACUCAUAUCUGCAUCCUUCCGUUUAUUGUCCUGUGAACUGGGCGUCUUGUGUUUUGGCCAAUCGUAUGGAGAGGUGGUAUGUUUCUGCAGUGGUUCUCCUUUUUUUCUCUCUUGCCUUCCGUGAAGGAAAUGCCAGAGCUUUGAGAAGAACCCAGGAUGGAUCAGAAGAGUGGGGAUACGUUGAAGUCAGACCAAAAGCACACAUGUUUUGGUGGCUAUACAGAAGUCCAUAUAGAGUUGAAGAUCCCUCCAAGCCAUGGCCAAUCAUUCUCUGGUUGCAAGGCGGACCAGGUGCUUCAGGAGCUGGGAUUGGGAAUUUCCAAGAGGUUGGACCAUUAGACACUAAUUUGAAAAGCAGGAAUUCAACAUGGUUGAGAAAAGCUGAUCUGUUGUUUGUUGAUAAUCCUGUUGGAACGGGAUACAGUUUUGUGGAGGAUUCAAAUUGGAAUUUGUUUGUUAAAACGGAUGUUGAGGCUGCAACAGAUUUAACUGCGUUGUUGGAGGGGCUUUUUAACAAAAAUGAGCAACUCCAAAAGAGUCCUCUGUACAUUGUGGCAGAGUCUUAUGGAGGAAAAUUCGCAGUCACUCUCGGAUUGUCUGCCCUAAAAGCUAUCGAAGCUGGAAAAUUAAAACUUAAACUUGGAGGAGUUGCCUUGGGAGAUAGUUGGAUCUCUCCAGAGGAUUUUGUGCUUUCUUGGGGCCCUCUGCUUAAGGAUCUCUCGCGGCUCGAUAACAAUGGUUUGGAGAAAUCAAACAGUUUGGCUCAAAAAAUUAAGCAGCAACUUGAAGAUGGUCAAUUCUUUGAUGCCACCAAUUCAUGGAGUGAACUUGAGGGAGUGAUUGCGUCUAGCAGCAGCUCCGUGGACUUCUAUAAUUUUUUACUGGACUCGGGUAUGGACCCGGUAUCAGCAACGGCAGCAGAGUUAUCGGAAAAAAUAGCAAGAAGAAGAAGGUACCCACGAUACCUUAGUUACUUGAAAUCUGCUACUGCCGGUGGAGACGGUGACCUUGCUAGCUUGAUGAACGGCCAAAUUAAAAAUAAGCUCAAGAUUAUUCCUGAAAAUGUAACAUGGGGAGGGCAGUCGGAUUUCGUAUUCUCCCAACUUCAAGGCGAUUUCAUGAGACCAAGGAUUAACGAGGUGGAUGAGUUGCUUGCAAAAGGGGUGCAUGUCACCAUAUACAAUGGCCAACUGGAUUUAAUUUGUGCAACAAAGGGAACUGAAGCAUGGGUUGAGAAACUCAAGUGGGAAGGGCUGCAGAAGUUUCUGAAAACAGAAAGAAGUCCAUUAUUUUGUGGGAAAGACGACCAAACAAGAGGGUUCACCAAGUCGUAUAAAAAUUUGCAUUUCUAUUGGAUUCUUGGAGCAGGUCAUUUUGUACCAGUUGACCAACCGUGCAUUGCAUUAAACAUGGUGGGUGCAUUCACAGACUCACCAGCUGCUGCAACUUCUAAUCCCUAAAAAAGAAGAAGAAGAAGAUAAGAGUUCACUUUACAAUAAGACAACAGAGAGAAAGUUACAGAUAUUUCUGAUUCUGCACAACACAGCCUGUGUCUUGUCGACAGACUCCAAGUUGGUAAAUGGGGGAAAUUCAACAGGCAAUCAAAAGGAGGCAAAAGCUGCAAGGGGAACAGCUGAAAUUAUAUAUUAUGACAGUCGGUUUUUUUAAUAUAAACAGAAUAAAGUGCCCGAUUUCAUUUUUA